UAUCGGGAGACAUUUGCCGACAACAAAACAAAGAUGACAGACCUGAACAGGGAGCUGAAGGAAUAUCUGAGCAGGGGCGAUGGCAAAUCCUCCUCCUCCUCCUCCUUGGAGGCCAAGGAACCCCUCCUACCGACGACCAUCGCCGACCUCAAGCUGCCCAAAAUCGGGAGCUGGUUCACCCGGAAUGGAGCCGCUGGAGGGGUACAAGAUGAGGAGACGGGAGGGACGUCCACAUCAUCAUCCUCCUGGUUUUCGUCUGCCCAGUCUGACCCUUGUUUCCCCAGCCUCGGUCGUAAACAGAGAAUACUUGGCUUUUUAGCCUGUGUUACAAUGGGAUUAAUCUGCUUCUCCCUAGCAGCCAUGUAUUUUCCUCUUUUGGUGUUUAAAGCUCGCAAAUUUUCCUUGCUCUUCACGCUAGGAAGCUUGUUCUCAGUGCUGAGUUUCUCCUUCUUAUGGGGCCCAGUUAAUCACUUGAAGCACCUCUUCUCUGCAGAAAGGCUUCUUUUUACGUCGGUGUACUUUUCAUCCCUUUUUGCAACAUUGUAUUUUGCUCUAAGCUUACAGUCAACCAUUCUUACAUCUAUUGCUGCCAUUGUUCAAGUUGUAGCUUUGUUAUGCUUUGUUUUGAGUAAUAUACCCGGUGGGCAGACUGGUUUGAAGUUCUUCUCGAGCAUAUGCUCAUCGUUAGUGAAGACAACAGUUUCCAAAGCAUUGCCAGUUUAGUCUUAGCCUUAAGGGUAUAUCUGCGAUUGUAAAGAUGUAAAUUUUUUUUUUAAAUCUUAGUAUUUAAGGACCCUGUACCUUCUUAUAAUAUACUGAACUUUUGACUUGUGGAUAAUCAUUGUUAAGCAGCAUGUAAAUAUUAGUCCUUUAGUUAAAACUUUGUUGUUGAUGGUGAGCUGAUCCACAGUUGAAACCCAGCAUUCAAAAGAUACAGUUGAACUUCAGUAUUCAGAGGAUGUGGCAAUGUGAUAUUUAUCAUGCAUUAUUUGUUAUUUCAGGAAAUAUUUAAGAGAAAAUCUGAAAAUGUAGAAAAAUACAUGGUUUAAACCUUCUUAAUGCUAUUAGCCUGCGUUAAACAUUAGUGUGUAUACCUUUUACAUACGUACAUAUAUAUGCAGUAGUGAUUAAUCUCAUUCACUCUCAAUUUUCCUUUGAGAAAGAACCAAAGAUUUCAUAUGAGGAUUAAACCCUUACAAUUCAUGUACAGUACAUAUACUUAGGAUAUUCAUGGAUUGCAAGGGAACUGAUCCUUAUGAAUACUGGGUUUCAGGUGUAAGACUCUGACCAUGAAAAGAUGAAUUUGGAAUUUUAUUCAUUGUAGCAUUCUGAAAAUUAUUCAUACAUAUUUUGUGGAUGGAAAUUUUUAUAAUCAAUAUAUUUAUUCUUGCUUUAGCUGUUUGUGCUUCUAGGAACUUUAUAUUGAUCCAACUGGCAGCAAAAUAUUUGUAAAUAUUUGUGUGUGAACUUGAUAAGUGUAAUAAAUUUCUUCGUACAAAUUCUGGAGUGCUAUUCCUCUUGAGUGUGUAAUGAUUGGUUGGUGUAGAAAUAUCUGUACAGUCGACUGUUCUGUUGCUUCCUGAUGUGUUCAGUGGAAAUUCUCUCAAUUCAGCAUACAAAGCAUUUUGUAAUGGAUAAGCAGCCAAAGAUGUUGAUGUUUUCUGGUAAUGAUAAGAUGCUAGCAACUUUGAAUAUAUUCAAGGUUUAUUCCGUUUCCUUAACUACCAUAACAAGUAGCAGAGUACAUUGAAGGUGAGUGAUCUUUUAUGUCAGAUUUUGGCAAUCACUCAGAACUAAUGUGUUCAUUGAAAAAAAAAAGAAAAAAAAAAAACUGUUCCUUGUUAACAUGCAAAUGUGAUGUACACUAUCUGUCUACAGCUAUUCAAGUUGUUCUCACGAAAUGAAAAGCUAACAGUAUUCAAUCUUGUUCUCAAGUCUCGGACAGAACCUGUGAUCCCAUGACCUACAUCAGUUUGUUCAGCACAUGUAACUUACCUUUAGCUAUCACAUCUUUAGGAUUUCACCUGUUAACACUUCAUACCAUACUUUUGUAUGAUAGUACAGUAUACUUAUAAUUUUUUGGUUGUAAGUUUGCUUGACUGUACCAGGUACAGGAUAACUGUAUUAAGAGUUGUGAGGUGUGCUCAUUUUUAUUGAAAUCACAACUGCAUUUCCUGUAAAUUUGUUGAUAUGUAUGUACAUGGUACAGAUUUCAGUAGUACAUUUCUUCCUCUGCAUCAUGGAAGGGUGAAAAUUUUUUUUACGCCCACUGUUACAUUUUCUAUCUAUUAUGCUACUGCUGACAGUGACACUUUAGAUUUUACAGCUACAGAUGUACAUACUACAGCCUAGAAUGAGUUGUCAGCUGUUAAAAGUUGCUGUAUAAAGGUUUGGGUUGAAAAACCACACUGCUUUGUAGAUUCCAUAUGUACUACGUCAGGAUUCAAAUUAUUUUCUGUAACUGUUUACGUGUACUCUCAACGUUAUAUUUUUGCUAGCACUUGCGUGUUUUUAAAUGGUAAUGAAAUCUGCCAAGUACUUGAAUUAUAGCAUGGUGCAUGUUUUGGUUGGUGCCAAGCAAAGUGAAAAAUGGUUUGUCAUAUUUACUUAUUCAAAAACAUUUAUGGAGAAUAAUUCUUAAAGCAAAUGUUUGGAUGGUAAAAACAAGUAACUUGAGCUCAAAUUAUUACUUCUGGUAAUGUUUAAUGACAUUUACAUUUCCCAUGUUGUAUAAAAUCCACAUUUAAUAAAUAUUAAGCCAGAAACUUUAUUGGUCUAAUAUGAAAUGUAAUUUAUUAGAUAAAAUCUAAUUGACUUUUCCCCCUUUUUGAAGAACAAAUUCUUUGGGCCAGUCCUGUGAGAACCAAGGUUUAUAGCUCAAGUGGUUGCUUAACUACAGUAUUUUUAUAAAUAACUGUCAAGAGAUCAUCAUUGUUAUUUAAAUACACAGUACAUAUAUUUUACCACAAGAGGACGUCAGCGUUUACUGUGUCCUGUUGUCUGACAAUCUUAUUUGAUAACUGAACAGACUCCUGAAGUGUUUAUUUAUUGAAAGGAAGGAGUUAAGACUCCUUAUUCAUCUGUGUUUCCAAAGGUAAAAUAGCUGUCUCUCUAUUUGAUGUCAUUGAGUCACAGUGGGCUUUUAUGAAACAAUGCUUUACAUGGGUAACAGAUGCCCAGUAAAGAAAACUUGGUUGACAGGUGGGUUUGUAAUACCAUAUAGUAUGCAUACUGUAUAUCUGAAAUUUGGUUAAAGGCCUCACAUACAUUUGUUUUAGAUGGAUUGAGGGUCGUGUUUGUUGUCAUAAGGUUGUAGUAUAAUAAACAGUGGACCCCCCGUAUUUGUGAUCUCCGGAUUCGCGGACUUCUCUCUGGAACAUUUCCCCCCAUCAUUUGUGAAAAAUGAGGCUAUUCGCGGUAUUUUUCUAUGAGAAAUAUCCACAAAUUAUUAUUUUUAUUAAUUUCAUCAUACAAUGCACUUUUUGUGAUAAAACUAUUAAAAAAACAAGGUGUAAAAAUUGUUAGUGGAGUUUUCUUUAGUUUUAAGUAACAAAAUAUGAGGUUUUAAGCAUUUUCAUAGGAGUUCCAACUAUUCACGGGAGCUAACUAUUCGUUUGGGGGGUGGUCUGGUACACAUCCCCCGCUAAUACGGGGGAACCACUGUAGUCAAGGAUCAUUCUCGAGUCAUUCCAUUGUGAGUGGUUGUUAUGAAAUGAAGAACAGACAUUUAUGACUCCAUUUGGCAACUAACUGACAUUUUACUUGUCUUGAAGGCACUGAAAGUGGAAUGUCACUUUAUGGCGAGUCAGUAUUUGUGAAUUACAUAGCUGAGAGGUUUGUCAGUACCGUACACAAUUACUAUUUGCCACGCACUUGUUUGGCAAUAUCAACGUCUUAUAUAUCGGCUAAUAUGUAGCAGGAUAUUGGAUUGGUACUGAAUGUUAAUAUAUUAGAAUGAGUUUACUUUUAUAUUUUUACAUAAAACAGCACUAUGUACUAUAUUAGGAGUUAUAGCUUAGUUGACAUUUCUAGUUACUGUUAAUUAUUCAUAUUUUUGUGUGUUUCUAGUAUGGCAAUGGGCCUCAGCUAUGUUCCUAUGUAUCAGUUCCUGUUGCAUCUCCCCAGUUGAUUGUUCUUCAACUUCUUGCUCAAUUUUUCUCUUUGUCUUUCAAAAAUAAAGCCAUUGGUCUUCCUUCUACGAGUGUCGAAAAACUGUAUUUGGUGGCCAUCCUAAACUGCCUGACAGUAAUUAAUGCAGUGGAGACAUAUUCAGCCCAAUGCAUUUUCACUGCAUGAUCCAGUGCAGUACAGUUCGACUUUACUACCACUCUUUCUGUGCCCGCAAAGUGCAGUACUACUUGAACAUGUUGUGUCAAGUGAACAAAAGUGCCCUAGGUGCUAGUUUUAAUUUCAUGUUUAUGUAAAUGCUUAAUGCUGUGUGAGUUUGUGUUCUUUAUUUAAAUUUACGUCCCAUAGUGAUCUGAACCUUUAUAUUUGUUUUUAUAAUGUUGAAAUCUUGAAGAACUUC